GCUAUCUUCAAAUUCACCUCCUUCCAUUUCCGUUUCUGUCUCCUCCCAUAGAAAAAAAAAACAUAAACUCUAUUUUAGUGCAGAUGGAGUUUCUGUUCUUUUCCAUUUAUUUAUUAAGUUUGAUCUCCUUCUUCCAUGGGACUUCAGGGACUACAUUUACACUUGUAAAUAAAUGUGAUUACACAGUUUGGCCUGGUAUCCUUGGCAACACCCAGUUAGAUUGCACAGGUUUCGAGCUACCAUCUGGGGGGUCACGGUCCUUCCAGGCACCGCCCAGUUGGUCAGGUCGGUUCUGGGGGAGAACCGGUUGCGCAUCGGACCAAACCACAGGCCAACUCAUUUGCCAAACUGGUGACUGUGGUUCCACCCAAAUUGAAUGCAAUGGCAGAGGCGCCACUCCCCCUGCCACCUUAGCUGAGUUCACGACAGGGUCAGGCACCCAGGACUUCUACGAUGUCAGUUUAGUUGACGGCUUCAACUUACCAAUGAUCGUCGAGCCGAGCGGUGGGUUGGGCAUGUGCUUCUCAACAGGGUGCAUCAAUGACUUAAACCGGCAGUGCCCGACGGAGUUAAGGGUCGAUUCCGGUGAGGCUUGUAAGAGUGCAUGCGAGGCUUUUGGGACGCCCGAGUAUUGCUGCAGUGGCCCCUACGCCACACCCGACACCUGUAAACCAUCUGUUUAUUCGGAGAUGUUCAAAGCGGCUUGCCCAAAAGCGUAUAGCUACGCGUAUGAUGAUGCUACCAGUACGUUUACAUGUACGGGAGCUGAUUAUACGAUCACAUUCUGCCCUUCAUCAACAAGUCAAAAAUCUGAGAGCAAUGCAAUCCCAACAACAGCGACGACAUAUGGAUCUAUUACAGGGUCAGGAGAAGUUUCAAGUGAGGAAAAAGGUUCAUGGUUACCAUAUUUACUUACGGGGGAUUCUUCCAAGUCUCUUUCUGAUGCUGUUUUUCACACCACGUUGUUGGCCAUCUUCUUGGUCUUCCUCGCUUAGAGUUUCACUUCUUCAGCAUUAUGGGGAAUAGAGUAGUGCUGGUAAAGUCCAGUUUUCCAGGCCAUGUGUAUAGAAAUAUAAGACU